AUGCGUGACACUUCGGUAUCUGAUAGUACAGCCUAAAAAAGACAUGUGAAGUGAACAUAAUUUCUUAUUUUUAUUUUCACAUUACCACCAUUGUUAAAUUUCUCUCUUGGGCCGUAUCUCACUUUUAGAAGCACAUUACAUCGUUACAACUCCAGCGUCGUAUUUCAAGACGUUCAUUAAAGUAGCAAUCCGAGCUCAUCUGAAAGCAACUGCGCACGAAUUCCUCACGCUGGUGACGUAAGCAGGUUGCUUCCUCUGCUUUAGGGAGCGGGUGUGUGAGUGCGUGGGAGCCGCUAGAUCUUGUUCGGAGGUAAACAUUAAAACUCAAGCUCCACAUUAACACGCAGAAUAUCUGUGCAGAGCUCUCAGCGACCUCCGUUUGACCGAAAUUCGCAUUCAGAGUUCAGCCAUGGCGAAAAACAUUACCCUGUACUGGGGCUCCGGCUCGCCCCCGUGCUGGCGCGUUAUGAUCGCCCUGGAAGAGAAGGGUUUGCAAGGAUAUAACGGCAAACUUCUCUCCUUCGAGAAGCAGGAGCACAAGUCCAAAGAAGUCAUGGACAUCAACCCGCGGGGACAGCUGCCCGCCUUCAAGCACGGAAACAACGUAGUGAACGAGUCUUACGCUGCGUGCCUGUACCUGGAGAGCCAGUUCCGAUCACAGGGAACGCCGCUGCUGUUGGGCGGGGCGGAGGAGCAGGCUCGGAUGUACCAGCGCAUGUUUGAGGCCCAGACUCUCCUGCAGAAACUCAGUGAUGUCAUCUACUACACAUGGCGUGUUCCUGAGGCAGAGAGGCAUGAUUCUGCAGUGCAGAGGAACAAAGAGGCUCUGACUACAGAACUGAAGCUGUGGGAACAAUGUCUGCAACAGGUAGGGGAGGGUUCGUUCUUGGCCGGGAAGUCCUUCUCAUUGGCUGACGUCAUUGUCUUCCCUGUCAUCGCCUACGCAGUACGCUUUGGGCUGUCUCUGGAGAGAUACCCCCGCUUGGGGCAGUACUACUCCCUGCUGAAGGACCGCCCCAGCAUCAAGGCCUCCUGGCCCCCCCACUGGCUGGAGAACCCCCAGGGCAUGGACACUCUGAAGGAUCUCUGAGCCGCCGUCAGCCCGGCUGCCCGCCCGCUCUUCCGUAUGCCAGUCUGCCACUCUGCCCGCCCAUCUGCCACUCUGCCUGCCUGCCUGCCCGUCCCUGUCUGCCAUUCUGCCCGCCUGCCUGUCCCUCUGUCUGCCAGUCUGCCCGCCUGCCCGUCCCUCUGUCUGCCAGUCUGCCCGCC